UCUUCUCCAAACCGUUUAAUAAAUUCGGUGCAAUGACCUCUUUGUAUGGUAGAAUAAAAUAAUGUUGGCAGUAGAGCCGUUAUGUGGCGACCACUAUCCUCAUGCCAAUUAUUUCGAAAGUAUUCUUUCGUUAUAAUAAUUCAGUAUACGAACCAAUCUAAUGGUUAAGUGAGCUAAGAAUUUUAUUAAUCAAAAAAAUAAAAACAAGAUGACAUAAGUGACAUGAAGGGUCUUACUGGAAAAGUAGCUGUAGUUACUGGUGCCAAUACAGGAAUCGGUAAAUUAACAGUCAAAUAUUUUUAUGAAAAAAGUGCUCGUGUGAUAUUGGCGUGUAGAGACUUAGCAAAAGCUGCUGAUGCUAUAGAUGAUAUAAAAAAACAAUGUGAAGAUAAAGAAAAUUUGGGUCAAUUGGAGGCUGUGCAUCUGGAUCUUCAGAGCUUAACAUCAGUUAAAGCUUGUGCUAAACAAUUAUUACAAUCCGAAGAAAAAAUUAAUAUUCUGGUGAAUAAUGCAGGUAUAAUGAUGAGCCCGUAUAUGUUGACCGAAGAUGGGUAUGAAUUGCAAUUUGCAACCAACUACCUAGGACAUUUUCUCUUCACAUUAUCAUUGAUGCCUAAAUUGAUACGAAGUACACCUGCAAGAAUUGUUAAUGUUUCGUCAGAGGCCCAUAAAUUUAUCUCAUCCAUUGAUUUUGAUGAUCUUAAUUGGUCUAAGAAGAAAUAUAGCCCGCUGUAUGCCUACAGCCAAAGUAAAUUGGCCAACGUAUUGUUUACCAAAGAACUGGAUUCUAAACUGAAACGGAAUAAAAUAAACGAUGUUAAUGUAUACAGCGUCCAUCCUGGUUGUGUGAAAACAGAUCUCGGUAGACACGUCGCCAAACAAUUUUAUAUUCCAGGAUUACUUUGGCUUGUAGAAACUGCGACGUCUUAUAUAUUCAAAACUCCUGAACAAGGAGCUCAAACUCAAAUAUAUUGCUCUGUCGAUGAAAAUUGUGCAAACGAAUCUGGUUUAUAUUAUUCCGAUUGCAAAAUAAUCAAAUCGUCUGCUGCUGCCCAAAACGAAGAAAUGGCUAAAAAAUUAUGGAAUAUUAGUUUGAAGAUGGUGGGACUGGAAGAAAAUUAUAAUCCAUUUAAAUGAUGGUUAUUGUGGAAUAAAUUGAUUAUUUUAAUUUGUUUUUGUAUUUAUUAAAUAUUCAUAAUGAUUUUUACCUCAAAUCUAUCAGCGCCUAUUUUUGAUGCGUCUCAAAGACAUUUAUAG